UUUUGCUAGAUUGUAAAUGCUAGGAACCAAGUAAUCCAUAUCCGUGUUUGUAGUAGGAUGACAGAGUGAUGACAGAGAGGGUGUGAGGCAAAAGAUGGCGCUGCCCAUGUUAAGAGGUUGUUACUGUAGCAGUUACUGUAGCCGGCCUCCAGUAUUCAGUCGUUUCUUGAAACUCGAGCGCAUUGUGCUUACCCAGCCCAACAGGACUAGUCGUCUGGUUCCUAAAUUGUCUGUUGGUGUAGUGUCCACAGUCCGACCUUAUUGCACUGAUCGAGGUGGAAGUAAACAACACCAAAAAGUUGUUGUGCUUGGCAUCCCCAACAUUUUUAUUUGGUUCCGAACACGAAUAUACUACUUUUUGAUUCGGGUUUAUUUUGACAAAGAAUUCAAGAUUGAUGAAUUCACAGAGGGAUCGAAACAGGCAUUUUUCCAUGUUUCAAGACUUCUGUCAGGAAGUCAGUUUGAGUCUCUUGAAGGUUUGGUUGCUAAAGAUCUGAUUGCAAAACUUAAAGAGAAAUGCGCUUUGCUCCCUCCCAGCCACCUGCAAGCGCUUUCUGCAGGUCCUGAAGACUUGAUGUACACAACACCAGGAGAUGUUGGCAUCUAUUAUGAUGAUGAUGGGCGGAAGUUUGUCAGUAUUCUGAUGCGUUACUGGUAUCUGACAAGUGCCCGAUUGCCUGAGGAAUCCUUGGAGGGAACACGUAUCUUUCAGGUGGCAAUAGGUGGAGAGGGUCAGCCAAAGACUAAAAGACUGCUCACAGCCAACUAUGAAUUCCAGAGGGAGUUUACCAAGGGGGUUCUGCCAGACUGGACCAUCACUAGGAUAGAGCACUCCAAACUGCUGGAUUGAACUUCAAUUGAAUGGAGGUUGUAAGGAGAAAUUGGCUGUUAGAGAAGUUGAAAACAAUAGCAGAAAACCUGCUUUAAUCUUGGGUAAUAUUUGGGCCAGUUCUGUGGCAAAUCAGUAUAUAGGCCUAUAUAUAUAUAUAUAUAUAUAUAU